UCCUGAAAUUACGUCCGGAGUUCUUUUGGGAAUUCCGUACGGCAUUCCUUCGGGAAUUUCGUUCGGCGUUUCUUCAGAAACUCCGUUCCUGCAGGAAUUCCGUCAGGAGUUCCUUAGGGCUUAGGGUAUUCCGUUCGAAGUUUCUCCAUAGUUUCUUCAAGAACUCCGUCCGGAGCUCUUCCAGAAAUUCCGUUCUGAGUUUCUGCAACAAUUCCUUUCGGAUUCCCAAGAAUACGCCUGGAGUUUCUCCAAAAAGUUUGUCUAGAUUUCUUCCAGGGAUUACGCCCGAAGUUCCGCUAAAAUAUAAUCUGGAGUGCUUCCAGGGAUGUCAGCAAUUUCCCUAAGAAUUCCAUUCCGGACUACCUCCAGCCAGGUGUGGCAUGCUCCUCAGUGUGUGCAAGUGUGAUUUUGAUAUGAAAAUACAGAGGAUGGCCAAAAUGUUUGGGAUAAGCAACUUUUUUUCUCUCACUAAAAAAGUUCAACAAGCUGUAACUUUUCAAAGAGUGCAUAAAAAAAUCUCAAAUUUUAACUGUUUGUCAACCUAUUAUAUUUUCUCAUAUAUGUUAUAUGAGCUCGAUUUGUUAAUCUGACGCGAAGCUAGAACCGUUCUCGUAAAACACUAUUUUUUAGACAACUCAUUUUUGAACUGUCAUAUCUUGGAAACAAGUGAACCGAAUUGAAUGAAAUUUUGAACGAAUAGAGAAAAAAAAUGAUUGGUUGAUUUGUCUUUAUUAAAGAGACUUUCAGCCCUUGGCUGGUUCGUCUCUAGAGAAAAAAAAAAUUGCCUGCCCUAAAUAUUUUGACUACCCCCUGAAAGCUGCACUGUUCACGUUUUCAGUAUAAAAUGUCAUCCCUGACUCCAACAACUUUGGAAGGAACUUAUGGAAGAACUCUGAAAAAGAUUUCUGCAGGAACUCCGAAAAGAAAUCUCUAAACACUGCCACAAAUAUUCCAGGAGGAUAUAUCUAAGAGAUUUUGCGAAGAAAGUCUGGAUGGAUUUUUUUAGGGAACUUGAGAAAUUAUUUCUGCAGGAACUCAGGAAUAGAGUUCUGGAAGCGCUCCUGAAGAUAUUCCUGUUCGAGCUUUGGAAAAAAAAAAUCUGAAAGAGCUUCGGAAGGAAGUGCUGAAGGAACUCCGGGAAAAAGUUCUAGAAGAAUCCCGAAAGAAGGUCUUGGAGUAUAAUUGAAAUAAAAUCCUUAGUGAAAUAGCUACAAUUUCUGGAAAUAUUAAGGAAGAAAUGCUUGGAGGUUUGCUAUAAGGCAUUCUUUAAGGAACUCUGGAAGGAAGUGCAGGAGAAACUGCAAAAGGAAGAGAUUUUUUUUAGGAAAUCGUGGAAGAAUUUCCAAUGAAUUCCUUCAUGAAUUUCACGAAUUUCGUGGAGUAAUCCUUUUGGAGAUACGACUGAGAUUAUGUACUGUGACGGUUUGGCUUCGCCGUCUCAAGGGGAAUGGAAAACACUAGUUUUUGAUUAUUCCCGACGUUUUGAUCUGUUUGGGACCUUUUCUAAUGUUUCAACCUUAAAGAUUGGUGACAGUGUGAACUUUUGUGUUAAACUGAUUUCAGUGGAAAUUUUGAUUGAAUACUUUCAAAGUUAGACAGUUUGAAUUUUACUAUACCAAAAACUACAUCUGCUUAUUGUAACAUAGUGCUACAAAUAUGACUGUAACUUUCAAGUUGAUUGAAUUGUUGACACAACACUCCAGCAUACAUACUUUACGUACGAAAAAAAAAAAUCAUUGAAAUUGAAUCAGUAUUUUUAGCUUUAAAGUUUUAGGCAAAAAAUGAUAUUUCUUAAAGUUUUUGUUUGUUUAAGGUUCUCAAAUGUCUUUUGUUUCCACGAUAUCUCCGCCAACGCUUAACCGAUUUUGAUGAAAUUUUAAUGGUGUUAGCUACACAUAAUGUUCUACUCUUGGUCAAAACAUCGGCUGUUUUUAUGCACGAAAUCAAAAGUUAUACCAAAGUUAUACAUUAUUUUGUGUGUCAUAACUUUUAUCCAGUACAGCCUUUAUAAUUUCUAGUUAAAUUAUCGCUGAAGAAGUUUCAGAAAGAAUCCCUAUAUCCCCGAGGAGCUGUUCAAUCAAUCAACAUUUUUUUGAAGAAAUUUCCAAACAGUUUUCCAAAGAAAUCUUCGAGGGAGUCCCUAGAGGAAUUGCUGAAGCAGUUUUCGGGGGAAUGAUAAUAUAAAUACACGAAAUUACACGGGGCUCCUACCUGCCAUUCCUACAAGAAGCAGGACUCCAAUCUAUAAUUUCUUCGGGACUUCUUCCAGGAAUUCCUCUAAGAAGUCGAACACUAUUUCAGAAUUACACCAAAAUUUUUUCCAAGUAACUCUCCUCCGAAUUUUUCUACAUUUUUGCCUUUCUCGUAAACCAAAGUGUACAGAAAGGCUAUAUGUUCACUCAAAAAACGAAUUUUCGGUAUAAGGCUCGGAGAGUCGAGUCACAUAUACCAAUCAACUCAGUUCGACGAAUAGAGAUGAUGUUUGUAUUCAAAUUUUGUAAACUUUAGCUUUGUUGCCCAAUUUUAUGCGGAAUUUCGCAAUUUCAUCAAUGGAAACUAUAAAACCAGGUUGUUAGCCAACAAUUCAAGAUGGCAGGCCACAACUAGACGAAACUGCUCUUUAAGGAGUUUAAGGUUCUAGUACCAUGCAGUAUGAUAAUAUUUGAUAUGGGGAAGAUGUCCGGAGUCUAAAACUGGGAACCAGAAUAUUCAAUAUGGCGGCCCAAAAUCGGUUGUUUAAAGGAAUUUUAGGUUCUUAAGUCAUGCAAUAUGGGUAUAUUUAGUAUGGAGAUGCACGGAGUCCAAAAAUGGCGAGCAAAAUAUGCAAGAUGGCGGCCCAAAAUUCAAGAUGGCUGCUGUUUGAAGAGGUUACAGUUUCUAUAAUCAUGCAAUAUGGGUAUAUUUUGUGUAGAGAAGAUGUCCGGAGGCCGAAAAGGGCGACCAUAAUAUACAAGUGGCCCAAAAUUUAAAAUAACGGUUGUUCUAAGGAGUUUUAGCCUCUAAAACCAUGCACUAUGGGUAUCUUUGGUAAAAGGAAGAUUUCCGAAGUUAAAAAGAGUGAUCAGAGGAUGGUGGCUCAAAAUGCAAGAUGGCGGCCAACAAUUUGAGAUGGAAGCUGACUUUAGGAAUUUUUGGUUUUAAAACCAUGCAGUAUAGGGAUAAUUUGGUAUAGGGAAACCGCAAAAUAGUCGUAAACGUAAAGAAAUGGAGACCAGAGUAUACAAGACGGCGGUUAAAAUAUCCAAAAUGAUGGCUGUUUUGAGGAAUUCUAGGCCCUAAUACCAUGUACACUAAAUCCUUUUUUUACGAGAUGGAUGCGUCCGCGCAAAAAAUAAAGAUCGUGUAAAAAAAGUUCGCAUAAUUUCGUGAAAUCGCGUAAAAAUAUUAAAGAGAAAUUUUUUUUUACGUGAUUUGCCCUCCGCAAAUAACCAAAAUCGCGUAACUUCGAGAAAAUCGCGUAAAAAAAUCGUGCAAAAUAAAAUCGCGUAAAAAAGGAUUUAGUGUAACAUGGGUACAGAGUAAUGUUUCGAUUUUACCAUUGUCUUUGCGCGACAGACCUCUUUUAUUAAGUAAUUUUCUUACAUUUGAAGAAAAUUCUCCCUACUUUUCUUCAAGAUGAAUACUCAAAGCGCGAAUGUAUUGAAAACGCGUGGAGAUGGUGUAUAAUGUUGAAAAACAUUUUUGAAAAGUUUAAAAGUUAUGAUAAAAAAAUCCUCGAUGUUAGUUCAAAAUUCAAGAUAGCAGUGCACAAUAAUGUUACGAAUCAAAUGCACCCACAUCGCACGAAUUUAAAAAACCGCUGCCUUUCUGUAUUUUUAAGUUAAAGUUUAGUGGACAAAGGUGGACUGUAUAAAAUAUCUAAGCGGCUGCAGGUCGAAUAGACAGAAAAACACAUACGAUUUAACAACCCAACUAACAAUCACUCAUUUUACAAGCACCUUUACGGCGAAUUAAUUUAGCAUGUUGCUGAAUAACAUUAGGAUAAUUUUCUAGCACAACCUUUGUUCGGGAUAUGUUCACACAAAUUUGGAGAAAGUAUAAAGCAUAAUUUUGUGUAUCAACUGAAUUGUUUGUUGGUCAAUCGUUUAACAACUAUAUAGUAAAGCUGUUAUUCAGCUUUAGCAAAAUUUAUUACCGUCAAAGCGCCAUUCACCGUGGGGGCUCCAUUCACCGUGUGCCUUCGAAUAUUUUUUCAUAAUUUCCAUAUUAUGAUUGAAUGAUAUGACAAUUUCCAUUCAAUUUCACCAAUACAAGAUCACACUUCGACUCCUAUUCAGCAGUGGUGAAUUAGCACAACAUUAUGGUUAACAACUGAACAACACAAUGAUUCAGCUGCUGUUCAGUAAAUAACACGUGUCGAAGUCGAAGUAUGAUGGAACGAAAUCGCUUAUUUGACCUGUGAAAAACACAUUAUACAGAUACAUGCGCUAAUUUUUACAUAAACUUAACAAGAAGCAGAAAAAGGUCUUGUUAAAGUCGAAUAAAAAUCUUAUUAAACGCUUGAAAAGUGUUUUAAAUUAUCAUUGUUAAUACCGAUACGAAAGGUUGAACAUUGGCAAAUUUUUCAAUUGAAACAGUUAUGUGUACACAAUAAUUUUAGUUCAGCUAACAUUACUAUUAUAAAGCAACAAUUCAGCAUGCAUGCUUGUUUGCAGCUUGCGAUUGUUAGUUGGGGACUGAUUAAAGCCCCCAUGAGGGUAAUCUAAACAAGCAAUGUCCAAUGCUUCGUUCAGUUAAUAAGACGUAUCAUACUCUGUUUUGUUCACUGAGAAUGUAAUUGAAUUGGAUUUUGCAAAUAUACAGUAGCAGCAUUGAUUGAGUAUUACACUGUACUGUACCAUCGAUGAAAUCGAUGAAAAUUUUAUCAUUCCGCACGUCGUUUCAUAUGAACAAAUUUUAGGUGCCUGUGAUAAUGUUAACGAAUAUCAACGAAAACAGAACUCAGUUAACUGACAUACAUGAUUGCUUGCACCAUGAACACAAUUUUUGUCAAAUGGAUAAAAGUGCAAUAUUCAUUAUCACGUCAUCAUUUGAGUUUGGUUGAGAUGGUUUCUCGAAGGUACAAGAAAGGCACCAUCACCGCUAGGUGGAUUAAUUAGGUUGUUUUUAGGGAUAAGUUUAGUAAUUCUUCCGUCGAUUCCUUCGGGAAUUUCUCCACCAUUUUCUUCUACUAUACACCCAGAGAUUUCUUUUGGAAUUUGUCGUGUGUUUCUAAGAAAAAAAAAUCCCCCAGGAACUCCUUUAGAUAUUUUGCCAGGGUUUCAUUUAGGAGUUCUUCCAAGGAAUUUUUCCCAGAUUUCUCCAGGAAAUACCUCAGAAAUUUUUACAGGAAUUCCAUCAAAAAAUCUUGCAGAGAGCCCUUUACGAAAGCUUCACAAGAUUUCUACUUGAAGUCUUCCAGCGACUCUUUCUAUAAUUUACUUCUGUAAUUUCUUCAAGGUUUCAUUCAAUAAUAUUUUUAGAGAAACCUUAAAAAAUUCUUUCUGAGAUUGUUUCAGGAAUUCGUUCCCGUGUUUCAUCUGCAGUUCCUCCAAGGAUUCCUUUCGGAAUAUCUCGUGAGUUUUUUCCUGAAAUGCCCUGUGAAUUUUCUCUUAAAUAUCCUCCAGGGAGUCUUUCAGCAAUUGUUAUAGAGAUUUUUUCAGAUAUUGUUUUGUAGAUACCUUUCCCAGCUCCCAGAGAUUCUAGCAUUUCCCCAGGGAUUUAUUUGGCUUUUUUGCGUUCUUUUGAAAUAUCUACAGCAAUACCAUCUACAAUGCUCUUAUGGAUUCUUUCAGUGAUUCCUGCAAUGGCUGCUACGGCGAUUCAUUCAGAAAUUCUUGUAGCGAUCGUUUCAGGAAAACUUCCAAGCAUUUCUAGUGGAACCACUCCAGCGAUGUUGGUAAUCUACAAUUACCCCAGAGUUUUCUUCUGCAAUUUCUCUAGGGAUUCUUCCAGUGAGAUCUUCAGAGACUCCUUCAAGAAUUUCACCAAGGAUACAUUCAGGAGAUCCUCCCGUUAUUCUAUAAUUGCCCCAGAGAUUUCUUCAGGAAUUCUUCCAGGGAUUCCAUUUUAAGUUUAUGUUCUCGUUUGCAUCUUACUGCGAAAAGCUUGGCUUAUGUCAAUUCAAUCAAUUUAUCACCCUUCUAUAUUUCCAUUACUCAUGGAUUUUCGUCAGUUAUAAUCAGCCACAACCUGUCAUCUUUUGUGAGCUGAAAUGACCUGCUGCGGCCAAUAUACCCUUAUUAUUGACCCGCAGGUAAAUUCCCAACAGCUCACUCACCGGGAAUGCACCGACCUACGACGAGUUCCGUAAUUGAGUAAAAGGGUAAACCAGGGUUGGUUACACCUGGUUGGGAUGCCACACUUCAAUAUGCAAGGCUCAUACACAAAUUGCGAAUCGCUUUCCUACAUGCAGUCCAAGUCCAGACCUGAACACCCGGUCAACCCAACCACAACACCUUACUGCUGCUGCAGCUCAGCACCAGUUUUGCAUACAAUUAGGUCGACGACGACGACGACAAUUAACUCUAAUUAACCGCAUGUGACGACGGCGGACGACGGCAGGCUGCUGGCUGUGUGUGGUGUGCCUUACCACGCGAUGACGAUUCCCUAUCAGUUUAGAACACUGAACAAGCGAUGAUAGGUGUGCUCACAACGCCGCCGAUUGAAAGUGGUAAUUUGCAGCUCCUGAUUGUUAUCAACAAAUUCCUAGCCGAGGUGUAGGGCCGCGUGGUCGCACGGCGAGUUAGCACUCGGGAUCAACGUUUCGAUUGGUAAACAUCGAACGCGGUUUGGGGGUUUCGUGUGAUUUGCGAUAGAAUAUUCGGGGAAGCGAAUGGUGAAGAGAAGUGAUUCAGCGAUGCAAUUGGCGAAAACCUGUCAUUAAAGAGCCAUUUGACGCUGCAAUAAUCCGGAUCAAUCGUUCGAAUCUCGUGAGAGUGGUAGAGUGAAAAUGGCCAAAAGGUGGUCCCUAACGGGCGGCGGUCCCAGUAGCAAAGAGUGCAGUGACGAGUUUGAAAUUGCAGUUUUGUUGGAACGACCUGAUUCUAGCUGUUCGACCACAGUGCGACGAGUGAUUUCCGACGGUGACAACGAUGAUAGUGAAAGGGGGCCAAUUGGUUCUAUUGGGGGUGCUGUUGUUGGUGUUGGUGAUGAUGAUGGUGAUGACGAGGAAGAUGAUGGUGCUGGCAAUGAUUGCACUUCCGGUGCUGGUGAUCGUGAUAGUGAUGACGAGGAACGGAUUAUGAUUUUCGACGAGCAGCGUCCCCUACGUGGCAAGCAACACACGAAUGCGAAAGUGAAGAUGUUCAAAUCGAAAAACUCCUCAGCAUCAGACACAUCGGCUGCACCUAUCUCGCGGGACAAUGAACAGCAUUCGACGACAGCGUUGAACCUCAACACCUCAGCCGUGCCACUCGGCAACAGCAGAAGCAGCAGCACCAGCAACAGUCCAACUCCGAACAGUCCAACCUCGAACAGCGCCAGCAAUAGGAUGAAGAACGCCACCACCCUGACGACAGUCACCACCCCCAACAACAACAGUAGCAACAGUAACAACAACAAUCACAACAACGCCACCACGGUCACCAGUGCCGGCAGUGGCGGAAACAGCAGCAACCGAGGCAAAAAGACACCCCACGGGAAGCAUAAAAACCCCGACGAGGAAUGCGACAUCAUCGGGGACCUGAUAGGCGACUACGGCAAGUGGCAGUUUGUGAUGACCUUCCUGCUGUCGCUGUUCCAGGUGCCCAACACGUUCCACAUCUACUCGCCCACGUUUCAGGCAGCAGAAAAAAGCCACUGGUGCCGACGGCCGUCGCAUCUCAACGACAUCUCGGUCGACCUGUGGCGGAACGUGACCGAGCAGCGGGAAAACUGCCGGAUACUGAACUACGACUGGAACUCGGUUGGAUCGGAACAGACGCUGCGAAAUCUGAGCAUACCGGGCAAUCUGUCACAUGUGGGUUGCAGCUCGUGGGAGUUCGAUCUCAACGAUAAUCUCGGCAACACGUGGGCCUCCGAGUGGAGUCUGGUGUGCGACAAGGAAUACCUGAAGGAUGUGGCGGAGAUGUUCUUCCUGGUCGGAGUGGCCACCGGAGGCAUUACCAGUGGGGUGCUAUCGGAUAAGUUCGGGCGGAAGAAGAUGCUGUUCAUUUCGGCUGUUCUGCAGGCGAUAUUUGGCCUCGCAUUGUACUUUGUGGAUUCCUUGGAAUUCCUCCUAAUUCUGCGCGCUCUACUUGGAAUCGUAUCCGUCUCGGUAACCUACGCAGGACUGAUUCUUGCCAUCGAGUACGUAGACGGCAAGUGGAGAACCAUCGCCGGAAUGUACAACCUGUUUCCCCUUCCGGUAUCGUACAUCAUGAUCUCGGGCAUCGCCUAUUUGACACAGGACUUCCGAAGUCUGCAGCUCUGUAUUGGAUUACCGGGAGUGUUUCUAUGUUUCUUGUGGUUCGUACUUCCGGAAUCGCCCCGGUGGUUGCUCUGCAAAGGUCGCAUCGCCGAGGUGAAGGAAAUCGUGCGGAAGGCAGCCGCCUUCAACAACCGACCGCUGCCGGACAAUUUGGACAAACUGCUCAAACCCCCAACGGACGAGGAGGAAAACGUGGCCGGCGUGUGUGAACUGUUUCGUUCCAAGUAUCUGCGCCUGGUCACGUUCUGCUUCCUGUGCAUCUGGUUCACUAUGAAUCUCGUCUACUACGGACUGGUGCUCAACAUGAACAGCUUCGGCGGCAACAUCUAUUUGAAUUCGGCACUAGCGGGAUUGGUGGAAAUACCGGCAAUCGCAAUGGCAAUGUACAUCAUCAACCGGACGGGCAAGAAAUGGCUUUUCUGUGCGACAUUCUUUGCAGCGGCUCUGGCGUGUUUGUGUGCAGCGGUUGUCGAAGGCAAGGAGGAAUAUCUGUCGCUGAAAAUUACCUUCCUCAUGAUUGGUAAAUUCACAAUCAGCGCUGGAAACACCAUUAUGCCAGUCUACACAGCCGAACUCUACCCAACUGCCAUCAGAAAUGUUGGCGUAGGAGCAUGUAAUCUCGCGGCCGGAUUCGCUCUAGUGCUUACUCCCUACCUAUCCAUGCUGCCAAAGAUCGAGGACCACCUCCUGAUGUCCCUGCUCACAGCUUGGUGUAUAUUUGGGGCUGUUGUGAUCGUAUUCCUACCGGAAACCAUGCAGCAUCAUGACCACGAGCAACGCGACGAAGAAAAAGAAAUUGACACGCAAGUGAUGACCUAAGGUGAUACACGAAGUGUCGAUCGUUUAAAGACGACACCAGACCGUCGCACCGCUAAACCAUGAAGAACCGCUACUACUGCCAUAUCUAGAAGUUGUUCUAUGUAUUCUCAGAUGUUGCCAACUUGAUUAGUGAGAUAUUAGGGAGCGAAUGCGGGCUAGAACAGGGAUGCUUGGCUGCGAUACUAGUAGCAUGUGGAGCUAAUUAAAAAUUGUCAAUUUUUGCGUAAGUAUUUAUAACCAAACCCGUGAAUGUAUAGAGGACAAUAGUCGUUUCCGUUUUGUAUCAUAUGUGAGUGUUUUGUGGAUUCGAAUAUCAUUAGAUGCAUUUAGAACUCUGAGAAAUGGGAAGGGAUAGGAUUCAGAGGAAUGUUGUCGAUGCCAUAACGAGCAGAAAUCAAUAGUCAUUACCAAUUGUACCGUUACAGAUAAGAGAAAUGCUAGCAGAGUAAUUUUAAUUCACACUAAAAUAUUGCAAAUUAAAAAUAGCCUACGAAUUUUCGAUGGAUUUUCUGGCUGGCCCAGAAAAGACGGUUUUUACGACACUAUUCGGAUAAUGAACACAUGACGAUUAUUUACACAUAUAGAGAACAAGUACAGCUGUAUACGUUGAUCGCCAUACAACCAUACGAAUGCAAUAGCCAUGUCAAGUAUAAAUAGUAUUUAUAAAACUGGAAUUUCAUUGGUUUGGUUUUCAUUUUCAUAGGUUGGCUACGCUCAGCGCGUAAGCUUUCAGUAUUACGAAAGGUUUUAGUUUGUUUUUACAAGCAUCCACAGCGGAUCGUCGUUUGUAAGCAAGAGCAAGUGUCAGAAUAGAGAAGCGUGGUUUUAUGUUUAGGGCUGAAAUAUACACUGAAUAAACUGAGGUGGAAAAGGUAAAAUUGUGCGUUGAAAAUUAUUCUCCAGCAUACUUAUAUUUACAUAAAUCCUUCAAUCAAAAGAAAAUCUAGAGUAUUUUUUUUAAAUCUCUGAGUUUUUGCAUAACUAUGCCGGUUUUCGUGAGAUUGACUAAAUUUAGCGAAGAAAAGGUUUACCUUUAAACUCUUACAAUUUUCUGGUUCUGAUGCAUAAUUUUGCCUUUUGGACUACCAGUAAAUUCUCCGGAUGAUGCAUGCGUCCCACGUGGCAUACUUACAACAUGUCGCACCAUAGUCUCAUACAAGUGUUGCAUUUAGAAACCAACCAUAAGUGUCACAUCAACGACAGUGUCACAGUAAAAAAUAAUUAAAAUAAGAAAAGGUGCAUGAAUGAUAUUGUUACACUAAAAAAAAGAUGAUAAAUCGAUGUUGCAUUGUGAUAAAUUUGUUAAACGAGAACAGUAACCGGUAAAUUCGUAUGAUGCUUUCAAUGUUUUAUCAGUAAUGAAAAAAAAAAUCAUCAUGACGGAAACCAUGUCUAAAUUUGAACCCUGAAAAGUUAAAAUAUAUAGCCCAGACUAAAAACUACUAAGAAUAUAUUUGAAUGUACUUAAAUUGUCAUUAGGUGUAUAACCGAUAACCACUUCACUAAUUAAGGUGUAAAGUUUAGUUUAUCGGGAGAAAAUAAAAAUAUGUAUUUGGAAAACACAUUUUUAUAGCAACGAAAAAUAAAGACCAGGUAGACCGGCCAGUUUCGGUGCAUUGGUUAGGCAUAUGUCAUUUUGUACGUUUUGGUUGACCAGGCGCUGCCCACAGCCCACCGUUCAAGAAAGAUGUUACCAAUUUGAAGAGAGUUUUUUGAAUGUUGUUUAGGACGGCUUUGCUGCUAGUACGUUAGCGAGUGUGUGACACUGAACUUUUGGAAACGAUUAUGAAAGAUGACAAAAUUAUAUGGUUGUUGAACUUGUUUGAGAGAGAGAGAGAGCAUUUAGUGACCCGAGUUGGCGAAUUAGAUUUGUCCGCUGGAUUAUGAAUUGGAUUUUUAUAGAUUGUUUCCUGUAUAUUUUUAUGGUUUGGUACUUAACUGAAGAACGAAAGCGUACAGGACAGGGCGCAGGCCUAAACUCGUACAGAAAAUGUAUUGAAACUAUGUAGAAGCUAUCAGCGAUAUUCACAAACUAGAGCUAGAAUUUAAGUCCAUUUCCGAUAUAUUAAGAAGAAAUAGAAAGAAGCAACACUCUGUACAUAAUCCCAUUCUCAUUGAUUGUAAUACCAAAGGAAAACGACAAAUUUGAAUGCGUAACGUGUCGUGCUGAUUAGGAUAACUAUAUUAAAUGUGCUGAAAAAAUGUG